AUGAUUUCGUUUACAGUUUUCCUAGAUGCACCCCACAUCUUACGGCCGGUCGACCUCGUGGGGUUAAACCCGAAUUCGAAUCCCCAAGCAACAUUAGAAGCACUAGAUUCCGCAGCUGAACCUGAUCCAGCACUGGCGCCCCGGGCGUGGUGGAAAGUCAACGAAGACAGGACUGUUGCGUACGGCUUGGAAGAGACAUUGGAAUUGCUUCGCGACGUAUUGAAGGAGCAGAAGUUCAAUGGUGUUUUCGGCUUUAGUCAAGGCGCUGCGUUGGCUGCUAUGCUCUCGGCACUACUUGAACGCCCCCACGUUGUCCCGUCGUUUCUAGUAAACGGACAACUACCCCACCCCCCUUUCGACUUCUGCGUUGCGAUCUCAGGCUUCCGACUACGCGACCCCCUUGCAGAUACCAUUUUUGCGGACGGAUAUUCGACGCCAACUCUUCAUGUAAUCGGGAAGACGGAUGUCAUCGUAGUCGAAGAACGCUCGCGCCUACUCGUUGGCAUCUCAACCCAGCCCAGAGUCGAAGAGCACGAAGGUGGCCACUUUGUUCCUUCGAAGGGGAAUUGGCGUAAAUUCCUCGCUGAUUAUCUCCGCGACCCCGCUUCAAGCGACCUUGUGCCGUCUCCUAACUCGUUUACAGGUGUUUCUAGCGGCCCGAAUUCAGGUGCUGCCACACCGGUUGGUCCAACCUCGGGAGGAACGGUCCUGAUGAUGAAGCUCUGA